UCCUCUCUCCUUCAUCUUGCUCCUGCUCCAGUCCCCAGGGUUUGGAUGGAAGUCUCCUCCCACUCCCACAAGUCCUGAGCACGAAGGAUGCUCUAUCUCUCAGAAGCAUCUCUGCCUUCCCCAGCAGCCGCGCACCUCCGUUACCUGCUCUGUCCUCCGCGGCCGCGGCCACACCUGCGCUCUUCGCGUCGCCCGCAUCCUCACGUUCAGAGACGGCUCCCUGCUCCGAGAGACAGCCCGCACAAAGUCGAGCGGAAGGGAGCAAGUCCAGAAGAACUCUUAUCAAGCGAUAACGCUGAAGGGUCAGGACUGAUCUGUUCCGGAGGUGCUGGCCAUGACCCGGUGCAACGGGGAGGACCCGCGGGCCCUGAGCCGCAUGGAGCUGAUCCGACAGGGACUCCAGCUGAGCUCGCUGAGGGCCAAGAAGAAGGUGAAGAACAUAACCAAGAAUGACGUCAAGAGCUUCAUGAGGAGGAACGCGUUUGUCAUCUUCACCAUCGCCGCCGUCCUUGUCGGCUUGAUAUUGGGUUUUUCCUUACGGCCCUUGAAGAUGUCAUACCGUGAGGUGAAGUACUUCUCCUUUCCCGGUGAGAUGCUGAUGCGCAUGCUGCAGAUGCUGGUGCUCCCGUUGCUGGUCUCCAGUCUCAUCACAGGUAUGGCAGCGCUGGACAGCCGGUCAUCUGGGAAGAUGGGCAUGCGGGCUGUGGUGUACUAUAUGACCACCACAUUCGUGGCCGUCUUCAUCGGUAUCAUCAUAGUGCUCAUCAUCCAUCCUGGCAAAGGCUCCAAGGAGGAGUUUGGGAAACAGCAGAAGAUCGAGCAAGUCAGUCCAGCAGACGCCUUUCUGGACCUCAUUAGAAACAUGUUUCCUCCAAACCUUGUGCAAGCUUGCACUCAACAGUACAAGACGCAGUACGGGAAGAGAGUCGUGCAGGUCAAGGUGAUUGUGAACGAAAGCCUCUUCAACCUGACCAACGGCACUCAGGAGAUCACACGGGAGGAGGUGGUUCCCUUGCCAGGCACUGUGGGUGGAGUCAAUGCCCUUGGCCUUGUUGUCUUCUCCAUGUGCUUUGGCCUGAUCAUCGGCAACAUGAAAGAACAGGGCCAGGGGCUCCGGGACUUCUUUGACUGCCUCAAUGAGGCCAUCAUGAAACUGGUGGCCCUCAUUAUGUGGUACGCUCCUAUCGGCAUUCUGUUCCUGAUCGCAGGCAAGAUCGUGGAGAUGGAUGACCUCACAGCCAUGGGUGGGCAGCUGGGCAUGUACACCAUCACGGUCAUCAUUGGGCUGUUCAUCCAUGGCGUGAUGGUCCUUCCCACCCUGUACUUCCUCAUUACACGGAAGAACCCCUUCAUCUUCAUUGGUGGGCUGCUACAGGCUCUCAUCACUGCCCUGGGAACAUCAUCUAGCUCAGCGACCCUGCCCGUCACUUUCAAGUGCCUGGAGGACAACAACAACGUGGACAAGCGUGUGACUCGUUUUGUGCUGCCAGUGGGCGCCACUAUCAACAUGGAUGGCACCGCGCUCUAUGAGGCAUUGGCUGCCAUUUUCAUCGCCCAGGUCAACAACAUGGAGAUGAACUUUGGCCAGAUCAUAACUAUCAGUAUCACGGCUACUGCUGCGAGUAUCGGUGCUGCCGGAAUACCCCAGGCCGGUCUGGUCACCAUGGUGAUCGUGCUGACCUCAGUGGGGCUGCCCACAGACGACAUCACCCUCAUCAUCGCGGUGGAUUGGUUCCUGGACCGUCUUCGCACCACCACCAAUGUGCUCGGCGACUCAAUCGGGGCAGGCAUCGUGGAGUACCUGUCCCGGGACGAGCUGGAGGACAGCGACACGGAGAUGGGCAACUCUGUGGUGGAGGAAAGGCAGGCGAGGAAGCCAUACCGACUCAUCUCCCAGGAUGACUAUGGGAAACCUCGAUCCAGUGAAUCAAAGAUGUAGUUGCCAUGCAGUACUGUACUCCUUGUAUGCUGUUCAAUGUACCACACGAUACGCCAUCCAUAUUUUGUAGACCAAGUCAGGUCCUUUCCGGUAAAACUAGGGUGCACGUUUGUGAACUUAUCCCCUAUUUUUAUGUUAACAAGGCACCGGUGUACUUCUUCAACAACGGAUGUCAUUACAUAAACUGUAUAUGUCAAACAAAUUUUCAUGAACAACAGCUGUAAAAGCAAUGUUAUCACACUGGGAAAAACAGUGCAGUUUUGCACAAAGCACUAAGACGAAGACAUCUUGUGCCCAAAGAAAUCCCGAGGGGAACAAUUUGGAAAAAACCAAUAGAAUGAGAGACAAUGAUCUAGCUGUACAUAUUUAAUUAUUGUUUCCUUAGCAAAAUUAAUGCAGCAUUUUGCUUCUACCUAUAUUAUUGUUGUUAUAAUUUAUUUAGCUCAUGCCAAGGUGACGUACCACAUUAGACAAGUGUCUUUACAAUUAUUUGCCCAUUAACACAGAAGGGUAUUUUUUACCGGAGCGAUGUCAGGUAAGUACCUUGAUCAAGAACACUGCAAUGCCCUUCAGACUGCAGGAUGACAGCCUUAACUUUCAAACAGCAAUUUGUAUUAACAUCAUUGCUCAACAAAGGUCAAUGAGUUAUUUUGCAGCCCAGCUUUAAAUACAAAUUUUAUGUAUUUUUUUUUAAUGGCUGCGCAGAUGAAAGUUAUUUCCACCUUUAAUAGUCCAUAUUAAUAAGAGAAAUAACAAGUUCUCACUCACUGCAUGUUGAGGUCCUCCUGACAUGGCCAGUCUGACACGUGUACCUGUUUUUCUGUCUCUCCCAUCUAUUUCUGUCACCACUUACCACAGUGUAGUUUAAUUUUUUAUCAGGCUCACAGAGGUAACUAAAUUAAAAAAACAUUUGCUAACGGUUGGACUGAACGUUCACCAGAUGUUUUGCAGCAACAAAGCAGUGUCACAUCACAGCUUUUUGUUUCAUUAUUAUUUUAUUAAUUUAUGCUUGAUAAACAUGUGCCAGGAAGCAAUGCGUGUGAGGUGGUAUUCUCACGAUUUACAUACAAAACAUUUUUUCAAUCUUCUCUCAUUUAUUUUAAGGAAAAUAUCCAAAGAACGUGUUCGUUUUAAGCAUAUUUUUGCUCAUAUUGCAUCAAAGAAAAAAACUCUAUUAUUGAACUGGCUACGAAGGAAUGCAGGGGAGUCCCUUGACAUAUUUGAACAGGUGUAGAUUUAUGGCAUUUGAAAGAAUGAUGGAAAGAGAUGUUGAAGGAGGAAAGGAAGGCAGACAGACUACUGAGGGAGACCCAAAGCACAUCAUUCUGGAAGACGGGUCUUAUGUGUCACCGUGUGUCACUUAUUACAGAAGGUGUGCAAUAAGAACAAUGAAAUCAUCAAAAGCUAUUAAUAUCUGAAUAUUCGUAAGCGUUAACUGGAAAUAGAGUCAACUUGGAGAAGCACUGUGUUUGCCAGAGCCUUCCCUUCAUGGAGAUCACCCAUCUGCUCUCUGGCCCUCUGUGCUCAUCUUAGGGAAGGCUCAUUCCCACGGACUGAACCCGUUUCACUGGGCAAGUUUGCAGGAUAGAAGUUUCCUUGGCAUGGCCUCAAAAAAGAUUCCUUCUCAUACAGUUUUUUUCUUUUUCUGCUCUUUGGGAGGACUUUUCUUCCAUUAUCCUACCUUCUGGUUCAAGUUGCAUUAAAUGGAUUAAUUGACCUGUUUAAUGUGCGUUCUGAAAAGCUAAAAUCUAUUACAUUUUCCACGUCUUAAAAUCGUUCUCUGCAUGUUUUAUCGUGUGACAUAAAAGUAGGCUUUUAACGUUUAAAUCACAAAUGUUACAGUUGUAUUCCCACAUAUUUUUUUUUUUAUUUUGCUAAGUACUGCAGUGUAUACAAAAAGUUGUUCUGAAAUUGUUUAUAUUGAGAGUAUGUGUUGUAGAUAUUAAUGUACAGUACCUAUAAGAGAACUGAAAUACUGAUUUGUGGCUGUAAAUUUGCCAUAAAUAUUUAAAUUGAAAAUCUUACAAACUGCUCGUGCUAGGUGGAGAGAGCAUACAUUAACACAACCUUGUAUGAUGACCUAAGAUCUAUGUGACUUAAUUAUGGAGAAUGUGAUGUACAGUAUCACCUUUGUUUUGGUGUGUAGUCAUGCACAUUUUACCGGCUAACAUGGAUUGAUGUAUGCAUAAAUAUAAAUCCUGUAUCAGUAAAAUGGUCAGAUUGUCCAGGGUAAAUAUAGUUUUAAAUAAA